AUGAGUGACAUUGCAAAGGGAAAGAAGGCCUUCGUUCAGAAAUGCGCCCAGUGCUACACUGUCGAAGAUGGUGGGAAGCACAAAGUGGGUCCAAACCUUUGGGGUCUGUUCGGAUGUAAGACUGGUCAGGCUGAGGGCUACUCCUACACAGACGCCAACAAGAGCAAAGGCAUUACUUGGGGUGAAGCCACCCUGAUGGAGUACUUGGAAAACCCUAAGAAAUACAUUCCAGGAACAAAGAUGAUCUUUGCUGGCAUCAAGAAGAAUGGCGAGCGCCAAGAUCUUGUUGCAUAUUUGAAGUCUGCGACAUCAUAA